AUGUCGUACCAACAGUAUAACCAAAACCCUUACGCCCAAGGCCCUCAGGCCGAGGACGGAAAUGGCUACGACCACCAGCAGCCGCAAUAUGGCCAAGGCCAAUACGAAAUGCAGCCUUACGGAGAGGCGGACAAGUACGCCGAGCAGCCCGCGCCCACCGCCAUGAGCCAGCAAGACUUCCUUCAGCGCGUGCAAUACCUCCGCUCAGAGAUCCAGGGCCUCACGUCUGAUAUUGAGAACAUCGCCCAGCUGCACCAGCGUUCUCUCUCCUCUCCCGACAACAGCGCCAGCUACCAGCUCGAGCAGGCCGUCUCGGCGACGCAACUCCGCAACACGGCAGUCAAGGACGGCAUCAAGGCCCUCGAGAAGGACCUGACCAAAACACGAGACGGAUCGCGCGCGACAAAGACCGCCCAGCUCAACUCGCUGAAGAACACGUUCAAGUCCGAACUCAACAAGUACCAGCAGAUCGAGCAGGACUACCAGCGCCGUUACCGCGACCAGAUUGCCCGCCAGUUCCGUAUUGUCCACCCGGAUGCGACGGAAGCAGAAGUCGAAGAGGCGACGCAGAUGGACUGGGGCAACGAGGGUGUCUUCCAGGAAGCGCAUAACCAGCUCAAAUCAAACCGAACAGGCCAAGCCAACUCCAUCCUGGGCAACGUCAGGGCCCGCCACAACGAGCUGCAGCGCAUUGAGAAGACGCUCAUCGAGCUGGCCACGCUCUACCAAGAAAUGGCCACGCUCGUCGAAGCCCAGGAGCCCGUCGUCGAGGCCGCCGAGCAGAACGCUCAGCAGACGGUCGACAACAUCCAGAAGGGUAACGAAGAGGUCGAGACAGCCAAUGCCCAUGCCAGGAGGCGCAGAAAGCUCAAGUGGUGGUGCCUGCUCGUUGUCGUGCUCAUUAUUAUCGCCAUCGCGCUCGGUGUCGGUCUGGGUGUCACCUUGACCAAGAACUCGACUGGCCAAUAA